AGAAUGUAUCAUGUCUAUGCCAGCCUUCUCACCAAUCGUACAGCAACAGCAACAGCAAUCCAAUGUCAAUGGGCCUGCUAAAAAGCAUGGCAAGAAGAAAUCUAGGAAUUCAUGGAAAGCAGGGUUCAAGAGUACACCGUCAUCACCACAACAUUCCAGCGUCGACACCCGCUCAUCUGCUCUAACCGAGAGAAAAGAAUACACCUCUGCUCAGUCUAUCACCAAUAGCCAUAAUAUCAACUACAGCCAUCGCAACGCAGCACCAUACUCAUAUAGUAAAGCUUCAAUAGCGGACUCAUCCUUAUCUUUGACUCGGGGCCGAGACAACUUUCAGAUUGAAGCUGGACAGGUCAAUAAAACGAGUGAACCUGCUCAGCACAGAACGCUACAACAAAAAGCUCAUCAAUUUCAAGAAGAAUACAACCUGUAUGAGAAACCUGAGCUGCCACAAAGUGAUAUCUCUCAAGUAGCCAAAGGAACAGCCACUCCUAGACAAAGUGAAUUCCUUCAAAAUUUGGACAUCCAACUUAUCAAAUUACAACAGGAAGAACAUGGUCCGCAAAAUCCAAUGGAGAGUAACAAAGAUAACAUCAAGUCCAAAUCUGGAUGUUCCAGUCUUUCCAAGGCAACUGGUCCAACUAAAGUAUUUGAACAUGAGCUAACCCAGAUACUUAAGGUACCGGAGGCUACGAUCAAUGGACCGGAGAGCUCACAAGUAUUGUUAGAUGAUAUCAAGCUGAAGGAUCUAUUGGGGUCAAUAUCGCCGUCCAAUCACCCAACAGUUACCCUUUGGGACUAUCUCAAGGAGGAGCUAACCGCAGCGGAUUUCGAAACCACACAAGAAUUGAAACGAGAACGAGUGGCUAACUUUCUCAGUGUUCCCAUUGCAUUCGAAAAGAUGCUGACAUUUGGUUAUUUUGUGUGCUUGGACUCUUUCCUUUAUACAUUUACGAUUUUACCAGCAAGGUUCUUACUUGCGACAGCAGCGCUUUUCCGGUACAUUUUCUCUAGAACAUGGUUUUCAAAAAACAUGGAAAGAACCCGUUUAAAAUCGUCACAAAAGUGCGAUUUGAUCAAGGUGACAUUGGUCGUUGUAGCAUGCACAAUCCUUCAGUCUGUCGACGCUUCAAGGACAUAUCAUUUUAUUCGCGGCCAGAAUGCUAUGAAGUUGUACGCUAUCUUUAACUGUUUAGAGAUCUUUGAUCGGCUCUGUUGCUCGUUUGGUCAAGAUAUCUUGGAUUCGUUGUUUUCUAAGGCAACGUUAGGCAACCAUCCUCCUAAAGCAAGUCUCACGGCCUCUAGGCACGCAAGACCGAUAACUUUUGUUAUUUUGGCGAUUUUUUACAUCUUGGCACAUACGAUGGUCUUGUUUUACCAAAUGGUCACGCUUAAUGUGGCUGUCAACUCGUAUUCAAACGCACUUCUGACAUUGCUGAUUAGUAAUCAAUUUGUAGAAAUCAAGGGCAGUGUCUUUAAAAAGUUUGAAAAAGAGAACCUUUUUCAACUGAGUUGUAGCGACAUUGUGGAAAGGUUUCAGUUAUCAGUCUUUGUAGCCAUUAUCACUAUCCGGAACCUGGUGGAACUAUCUGCCUCGCCUCCUUCUCCAUUCUCAGUGUAUCCUCAGUCUUUUGUCCCACUCUUUUCGUCUAUGACAGCCAUGGCACGUCUGUUGACUCCAUGCUUCCUUGUCUUGGGAUGCGAGACCCUAGUCGACUGGCUGAAGCAUGCCUUCAUCACAAAAUUCAAUCAGAUUCGUCCUAGUGUCUAUGGUCGAUUUGUGGAUAUUCUAAGCAGAGAUCUGGUCGUAGGCAGCCCUGCACGCCUUGCGGGACGCAAAAACCAACAACAGAUGUUUGUUGACCAAUCUCCUAUGGUGUCCCGUCGUAUUGGACUUGCAUCGUUACCAUUGGCGUGUCUGGUCAUUUGUGUGACCACUCAGACACUACAAAUGGCCUUUUCGAACCAUUCAGGGGACAUGAAUACAGCUUCUGCCAUUAUGGCCGAGACUGUUACAGCAAGUGCAGUGUCAUUUGAAAAAAUGACCCUCCAUUGGACAAUGCCUCCAAUAGAUUUUUCGUCAGGAUUUGCAGUGGCAUCUUCUGGUAUUGUUGAGGCUUUCGCCUCAUUUUGUAGGUUCGCAGGUGCAACCCUGAGCCAAAGUACAUAUGUACUGGUCCAUAUGAUAGUGGGGUGGGCGCAUCGUGUAGGUAUAUCACAAGAAUUGGGCCGCAAAGUGAUGGACUACACGUUUGUAACACUGGUAUGUUUGGCGACGUAUGCAUGUUUGGUGGCGCUCAAGAUGCUGAUUGGAAUCAAUUUACUUGGAUUUGCACAUCAUCGAUAUCUGACGAUGGAGGCGCGUGAGGAAUCAGAGAGGCAGACAGAUCGGAUGAUCCGUGAAUCGAACGCAGCGCUAGAAGAGAAAGCAGCAAAUGCAGCGGUAUCUAAUCUGCUGGAUGGAAGAGGAGCAAGCCAUGCAAAUGGAGACGCGUAUGUAUUAGGGGGCGACAAACGGGUGGUUCCUGGACUUGAUACUAUUGACCGAUAUACACUUUUCAAGUCGCGGAUUCCAUAGAACUGGAAUUGACCAAUGAUUUGGCGCCAUUGAUUCAAAUGUUUUGUUUGUCCUGUCAAUCUUGAUCAUGCAUGGUCGAUGCAUCAAUCAGUGGCUCACACUACUCUGCUGUACUCUUUGUGCUUGAUUACUUGAUUGCAUGUGCUCCGCUUCCUUCAUCUUUGAUAACUCUUUGGCCCUUGCCCUUGUCUUGUCAUUGUAAGAGAAAUAGCGCUAAGUCCUAAACCAGCGCUUCUUUCAAAAAAUAAUAAAUAAAACCUGAGUUUAAGCAUGG